AUGGCUUCGACGAUUCUCAGAAGAAUCUUUCUCCGUUCGCCGAAUCUCACCUCCCGUUUUCGAGUAGCCUCACACUGCUUGUCGUCGAGAUUUUUCAGCAACAAAACUGGAAAGGAUUCAAUCGCUGAUGAUGUGAAUGGUUAUGCUAUAGAAACUAUUGAUGAUGCUGCUUGGGAUGUCUCAUCAUCAAUAUCUCAAGCCUGGAGAGAGUUUCAAGCAGAGGCUGCCAAAAACUCUUCCUUUACAACACAAGGAGGAGAAACAGUCGUGCCUGAUGUUGAUCACGAUGAAAUCGACAAUAUGAGAAUCCGUGGUGAUCUUUUCUACAAGCUUGAUAAAGGGUCAAAAGAGUUUGAGGAAUACAACUAUGACUUCCACCGCAAGAACAACCAUCACCAGAAAACCAAGAAAGAGCAAAACAACCAAGAAGAAACAAAAAAGAUGAAGAAGGAAACAACAGCAAAGAGUAAUCAAGAAGUUCGUGAGGAAUACAAGAAGAGAGAGAACACUUUCACUGGCGAAACAAAUCAUCAUCUUACUGCAGCUACGAAGAAGAGAGAGCGAACGCUCACGUUUAACCAGCUCACGGCUCCUUAUCACCACCCGUUUUGCUUAGACAUUUACAUCUCAAAGGCCUCUGUUCGAGCUUGUGUGAUUCACAGGUUGACUAGUAAAGUUGUUACUGUGGCUCAUUCCAUUUCGAAAGACAUGAAGUUCGAUCUUGGUUCGACUAGGAACGUUGUGGCUUGUGCUGCGGUUGGGACAGUUCUUGCGCAGAGAAGUUUGGAAGAUGACAUACAUGACGUUGUGUAUACUCCAAGGAAAGGAGAUAAAGUGGAAGGUAAGCUUCAGGUUGUGCUUCAAGCUAUUAUUGAUAAUGGUGUUAAUGUUAAAGUGAAGCUUAAGCAGAGGAAAAUCAAGAAGAAGAUUAGUCAUCUAACAAUGCCCUAG